AUGACAAUUGUUAUCAUAUUCAUGAUAAUUUUCUUUGCGGGAGAUUUGUACUUGAUAUUAACAUGGCAACUAUCCAAGACUGUAGCUGUCUUGGAAGAGCUUUGUGGGUUUAAAGCCAUGGCCAGAAGUAAGGCUCUGGUUAAAGGGAAGAUGAGAAUGGUCAUAAAGCUAUUCAGUUUGUUGAGCCUUCCUAUCGAAGUAGUUCAGCUUGUGUUUUCUCACUUCCUCGUACAAUCAACAAUUGUUGGGAUUGUGGGGAAGCUUGUUUUGAUCAUUAUUUGGAUGUUGUUGCUUUCAUUCUUCCUUUUGGUCAGCCUUGUGGCUCAAACUGUGCUAUAUUUUGUGUGCAAAUCAUACCACCAGGAGCUUGCUGAAAAGUUGUCUAUCUCGGAUCGUCUUCAAAGGUACCUACUCACACACUAUGACCCGUUGAAGGUAGAGGAUGAUGUUCCUACUGAGAAAUUACAAAUUGUUUAA